CUAGUGAUGAUCUAAGUUCUCUCCUCUCGAUGUUGCAGGGUGAACGUCGAGGCUCUCUGGAGUUUAUCCGCAAUGAAACUGCCAUCAUCGACUUCAAGAAGAAGUUUGGUGAUGACUUCUCAGAGGUCAUGCCUGACAUCACAGCGGACACGUCAGACGAUCAUGGUGCAAUGUCUCCUAUGAGAAGAGACCCUGUGCCAUCGAUAAGCCUGGAAAUGCACGAGCAGACCAUGAACGGUAUGAGGGAGUCAGAGGACAUCAACACUCACCACCUGCUGCAGCAGCACCUGUACAAGGGCAGGAAGCAGCAACGCCACAGAUACAGCCGUAGUCACUUCGACAUCAACAAAGAUGAGAAUGAGGUGCAGGAGAUCUUCCAGAGGACCAUGAGGAGCCGUUUGGAGUCCUUUAAGUCCACGAAGAUGGGCGUAGCUCAACCAAAGGCGAUAUCCAAGCACCCAAAGAAAGACCAGCAGCAGAAGAUGCCAAAUGGAAAAUCAAGGGACAAAAGUAAAACCAACUAUUCUGGUGAUGAAGAUUUUGAGUUCUCAGAGGGAGACAACGCCUCUGGCUACGAAGCUUCAGGCCAUUCAUUCCCAAUGAGGGUCACCUACAGGGCAGGAGCUGGAAUAGAGAACCCGGCCUUCAUGCCAGACCUGGACCCCCUGGCCCCGGUGCAGAGCCUCCCCUGGUUGUUGGAGUCGGAGCUGGACAGCAGCAGGGUGGCCCCCUCGCAGCGGGCCCAGGUCCGGCUGCCGCGGGGGCCCAGCGACCUGCGCCGUCUGGCCCCUCCGCGCAUCAGCACCCGCUCAGACGACUCCUUCCUGGAGGCCGACGUUCCUCUCACGCCUCCACCCCCA